GGUCUUGCUAUUACAUUUCCAAUGGCUCUGUCAUCGUUUUCCUUCCCUGGUCAUCUACUUAGAGAAGUAACUACAUAUCCCUUCAAACCCACUUCCAGAUUCUAUCAUCAGUUCUUGGGAGCAGAUCUGCAGAACCAAGAUCAGAACAGGCUUACCCAGAGCAAGAAAAGGUUGGGAGGUGUUUGUGCAUCACUAUCAGAGAAAGGGGAGUAUCACUCAGAGAGACCACCAACACCUCUUUUGGACACUAUCGAUUAUCCAAUCGACAUAAAAAAUCUCUCAAUUAAGGAACUCAAACAACUUGCUGAUGAGCUACGUUCCAAUGUCAUCUUCAACGUGUCUGCUACCGGAGGUCACUUGGGUUCAAGCCUGGGAGUGGUUGAGCUUACAGUGGCUCUCCAUUACGUUUUUGAUGCUCCACAGGAUAAGAUUCUAUGGGAUGUGGGUCACCAGACUUAUCCACACAAAACCCUGACUGGGAGGAAAGAUAAGAUGCAAACUAUUCGUCAAACGAAUGGGUUAUCGGGAUUCACCAAACGCUCUGAGAGCAAAUAUGAUUGCUUCGGCGCUGGUCACAGUUCAACCAGUAUCUCUGCUGCCUUGGGGAUGGCUGUUGCAAGGGAUCUGAAGGGGAGAAAGAACCAUGUAGUUGCUGUUAUAGGGGAUGGUUCCAUGACUGCAGGCCAAGCUUAUGAAGCCAUGAACAAUGCUGGGUACCUAGACUCAGACAUGAUUGUGAUCCUCAAUGACAACAAACAGGUUUCCCUACCAACUGCUACUCUCGAUGGCCCCGCACCACCUGUAGGAGCUUUGAGCAGUGCACUCAGUAGGUUGCAGUCCAACAGGCCCUUUAGACAACUGAGGGAAGCUGCCAAGGGAGUUACACAGCAGAUGGGUGGAUCAAUACAUGGACUAGCAGCAAAAAUUGAUGAAUAUGCCCGCGGUAUGAUCAGUGGAUCUGGUUCAACACUCUUUGAGGAGCUUGGUCUCUAUUAUAUUGGUCCUGUUGAUGGCCAUAACAUAGAUGAUCUUGUGUCCAUUCUUGGAGAAGUUAAGCAGACCCAUACAACAGGUCCUGUACUCAUCCAUGUUGUGACUGAGAAAGGUCGAGGAUAUCCAUACGCAGAGAAAGCUGCGGAUAAGUACCAUGGUGUUGCCAAGUUUGACCCAGCUACCGGAAAGCAAUCCAAAGCUAUUGCGCUUACUAAAUCUUACACCACUUAUUUUACGGAGGCGUUGAUUGCAGAAGCAGAGGUGGACAAAGACAUCGUUGCCAUACAUGCUGCAAUGGGAGGAGGGACAGGCCUGAAUCAAUUCCUCCGCCACUUCCCAUCGAGAUGUUUUGAUGUUGGAAUAGCAGAACAGCAUGCUGUCACUUUUGCAGCAGGCCUUGCCUGUGAAGGCCUUAAACCAUUCUGUGCUAUCUACUCAUCCUUCUUGCAGAGGGCAUAUGAUCAAGUGAUCCAUGAUGUGGACUUGCAGAAAUUGCCAGUGAGGUUUGCAAUAGACCGAGCAGGGUUGGUUGGUGCCGAUGGGCCUACACAUUCGGGGUCAUUUGAUGUAACUUACAUGGCAUGCCUUCCGAACAUGGUUGUGAUGGCUCCUUCGGAUGAGGCAGAGCUUUUCCGUAUGGUUGCAACUGCUGCUGCAAUAGAUGAUCGACCCAGUUGCUUCCGUUAUCCAAAAGGAAAUGGAAUUGGUGUUCAGCUGCCACCGGAGAACAAGGGUACCCCUCUGGAGGUUGGCAAAGGCCGUAUUUUGAUCGAGGGUGAGAGAGUGGCACUAUUGGGCUAUGGAACAGCAGUUCAAAGCUGUUUAGCUGCAGCAUCUUUAGUGGAACAGCAUGGCUUACGGUUGACAGUAGCAGAUGCACGCUUCUGCAAGCCACUUGAUCAUGCCCUUAUUCAUAACCUUGCUAAAUCUCAUGAGUUGCUGAUCACAGUGGAAGAAGGAUCAAUUGGAGGAUUUGGGUCUCAUGUUGCCCAGUUCUUAGCCCUCAAUGGAUUUCUCGACGGAGCAACAAAGUGGAGACCACUACUUCUUCCAGAUUGGUAUAUUGAGCAUGGAUCACCACCUGAUCAGAUGGCUGAAGCCGGCCUCACUCCAUCCCAUAUCGCUGCAACUGUAUUUGACACACUUGGAUUAACUAGAAAGGCCCUCGAGUUCAUGGCACAAAGAAGGUUGUGAUCACCCACCAGACAUAGAAAAUGAAAUUAU